CUCGGGGAAGUGCACAGCAUCCAUACAUGCGAUAUGAGCUUUAUUUUUAAAUAAUUUACGAUAAUUAGUUCGAAAUAUCAUGCAAACGUUCGCGCAAACUUUUUAUUUUGGAAGAAAAGUAGUUAUUUCAAUUAAUUUCGCAGUACGGUUAUGAUGUGUGUUACAAUUGACAUAUGGACGCGUAGUGACGUGAACAGUGAUUGCAGCCAGAUAAUCUACAAUUGUGUGCAUAGUAAUUAGUGAAGUGAGAAGAACAUUAUUUAUAAAUUCAUUCAUUCAGUGAAAUUUAUUUGGUCUUCUGGUUACGUCAUGUACGGCGAUGGACCAACUAGACACGAUUGACCAUGAAGGUCAAUCACUCACUAUUCUCAUUAUCAACACUCAUUUUGUGAGACUGUAGAAUUUUAGUGCCGUUCGCGGCAAAUUGGAAGAUAUACACUUUGCGAGACGUAAGUCUCAACCACGGCGACAAAAUUGAUCUGGACUUUCAUUCAUCACGGGCCGCCGGCUAUAUGAGUAGAGCCGGCGGCAGCAUGUGCGACGGAUCAUUUCAGGAAUCCCUCAGAAGUAUGCAACAGAGUAUGACAGGAACGUCGUCACCGGGUGCAGCUGGUAUUACUCCGAUAGGAAUCGGUCUCGGGAGUCCACUUGGUCCGGCAAGUAAAAAGGUGCAAGCCGAGCACAUUAAACGGCCAAUGAAUGCCUUCAUGGUCUGGUCUCGAUUACAACGGCGAAAAAUUGCUCAAGAAAACCCCAAAAUGCACAACAGCGAGAUUUCCAAAAGACUCGGAGCAGAAUGGAAACUUCUCACAGAGGACGAGAAACGACCGUUUAUCGAUCAAGCAAAAAGACUACGUGCUCAGCACAUGAAGGAACACCCGGAUUACAAAUACAGACCACGACGGAAGCCGAAAACUCUACGUAAAGAGGGUUAUCCUUACAGUAUUCCAUAUCCGAGUGUUCCUAUGGAUGCUCUUCGAGCGGGAAUGGCCGCAGGUAGCAUGGGACAAGCGGGAAUAUCAUCCUAUUACGCUCCUGCAGCGUAUGGACAACUUUCCAACAUGGCAGCAGCCGCAGCAGCGGCUGCACAACAAUCUGCUGCUGCUAUGUCUGGUCUUGGCGCACCACCUCAGGUGAUGACUUCUAUGGAUGCAAUGAAAUACGGAGUUGAUCCAGAUAAAUAUCGAGCUGCAUACAUGUCGCAUCCCACUAGUACCAGUCUCGCAAUGAGCAUGUACCCGGAUCCUAAAUACCUGGAUUCCAAUCCCAAACCGUAUUUGGACCGAAGCUAUUUGGAUUCGGCAAAGGCGUAUUUCGAACAAUCAAAGCUUUACAUGGAUCAAAAACCGCUUGGGAUUGAUUACAAUCGGCCAAAUUACGAACCGAAUAAGCUCUAUGAAGAAUCCAGUCCAGGAAGCGUGGUCGGAAGUGGACCUACGAGGUCACCAGCUGCGGAAUCUCCGGACACAAGCAAGCACCACGAAAGAACGGCGGAUCAAGGAUCGUCCAGCACAAGUUCGACGUCGACGUCAUCAGCCGCGAGUCCAGGUGCAUCUCUGCCAGCUUAUUACCCAGCGCCUACUCAGGCGUUGCUACCUCCACAGGUUUCAGAUUACAUUGUUUAGAAGAACAAAGAAAAUAUCAGACGACGGCUCAUUAUCGAAAGUGUUUACUUUGGUAAAUAAACACCUUCGGUUUUCGAAUUGCUGCAUCAUCCGUUUUCCAAAUACGACUUAUUUAUUACAAAAAACAUAACAGAAUGGAAAGAAAAAAUAUCAGUACAAUAUAGCUACCGUUUAUCACGUCAUUAAAUGAUGAAACUAAGAUGCUGUGGCAGUGGACUGUCAGCUAAUAUCAAAACGAAUUUUUACUAUCAGUACAUCUGGAACGCAUUUGCGCAUGACUUUUCGAAGAGUGAAAGAAUAAGCGACAAGUCGCGUGCAAACUUCCGCUGCACAUCUUAGUCAUACUGAAAUAGCAAUGACACUGUUUUUCAAUUCAAAUUAAUCGAAGCAGCAACAUAUCGAAGACGAGCUGAAAGGAAAAGAGAAAAAACGAAGAAGCAGGAGAUAGUACAAUACGGUAUCAGUACGAUGCAGUACAUACUGGAAGCAAAGAAGUCAUAGAGCUGGAGCAAAGAUUAGAGAGACAAAAUAGGGACGUGACUCUGAUUGUUAAGACACAACUGAAACUAUAUUCAAGAAAAAUAAAUUAAUGAAAAAUUUUUUUUUAACAAAAAUAAAUAUAUAAAUAAAUAGGUCUAAGAUGAGUGAAGAAAUUCUAUUGGUAAGAUUCUAUACAAAUUAAUUAGUGGACCCAUUGAUAAUUUAUUACAACAGAGGAUAAUGGAUAGAUAAAAGAUUACUUUAGGAAACAUUUCAAAAUCAACAAUUUGAGUAAGCUUUUUUCGAGCAUCAGACUUCACAUUGAUAUCUAAAUUGAUUUUUAUUGAAGAUUUUUUAUUGAAUAAUUAUAUUACAGAAUUAAACACCAUUGAAUCGGACAAACAACAGUAUCAUCUCGAUGCAGCAAGAUUAUUAAACUUAACUUGACUAACGCUCUAUUUCAAAAAACCUGACACCGAAGUCAUUACAAAUAACAACGAAGACUGGAAGAACUUUCGCUUUGUGACUAAUGAAUUUGUGACUAUAUAAGAACUGUCUUGACCUAAAUGUGUUAAGAAUACAUUGUACAUAGCCUCUGUGUAAAUAAUGUAGCAAAAACAUGGCUUUUCCGGAUUUCUGCACGUAAAUAUUCGCUUUCUUACCGAUUUUCAUACCGAAGCGCGCGGACUCGUAACCGUUAAAGAGAAAGCAGUAUACAAAAUGACGUAAACAUCUUUUUUGUUUAUUUGCAACUUUAAAACGAUCUUCUAAUUAAUUGUAAAUAUUAAAGAUAUUUUUAAAUUUAGUAAUUUUGUUCAUAGAACCCUGCUGUUUUUUUUUGUUUUUUUUUUAAUAAAAUUUGGGUUUCGGUGAAAUGAGCUGAAAAUUUAGGAUAAUGUAGUUUAUAUCGUCCCGAUCACAAAUAUCCCAAUACACACAAAAAUGACUAGUCUUUGAGAUAUAAUAAAUCAAAAGUUGAGAUAUUGCAAUUUACUCAUCAAGUGUGCGCAAAGUCUACUGAUCAAAAAUAUAAUUUUCUUCUUUAUUCUUUUUCGUGUAAAAUUAUAAUGGAAGGGAAGUGGCCAAUUCGAGUGUUGUUGACGGCGAUGCGCGACUGAUAGACUAGGUUCUUCCUAUACUUGCAAACCUUCCUCACACUGAAGAAGACUCUAAAUUAGGGGUCGAAACGUUUGUUUCAAAAAUUUUUCAAAAUAAAGAAGUUUAUUGAAGCAAAGAUCUGGUUAUUACCUCGAAUUGGCCACUUCUCUUCCAUUAUAAUUUCCUUUACAUAACAAAAUUUUUAUUGUAACUCCGUCAGGGUUCAAACUGAUUGGAAGGCUCGAUUCAGUUCGAUUUUUUUAAUCAAAAAUUCAUCAAUUCCCUGUACUUAAAUCAAAUCCAAAUUUGACUUGAAAGAGACCGGUCGGAAAAAUCCGCGCGAUAUGUGGAUUCGAACUCAUCAUCUCCCGCUCGCAGCCAUCACACUCAGGGCCGCGACACCACUGGGCCGACCCUCGAUUUCCUCUAUAUUUAGUUUUCUUAUAAUCUGUACAGCAGUGUGUAUGUCUGUCUGUUAUGUGUUAAUCUGUGUUUGUGUUCAUCUAAUCAAUGGACGACCGUGCACUAGUCUCGCAGUCUGAGUUCUCAGGAGCUGCAAACGUGGAGGUUCCGCGACUUCAAAUUCGCUCAUCACUCUAGGAUUUUUUCUAGACUAAUUUCUUUCAAUCAGAUAAAUCGAUUGAAUGAUGGGUGAAUUGAAUCAGGCCUCAAAAAGAGAUUACACCCGAAUUAAUUUUCUUUCCAAGGUGAUAACCCGAGCACGAGCCCGACACAGAUAGGUACGUCCACUGUGAAAUACGGCCGUGUAUCGCGUGGGAGGAAACUCAAUUGUUACUAAAAGCACCUAUUUGAAAUUUUUGAGUAGGUCUAGGAGCAGUGAUGAAACUUCUUACAUAUACAGACGCUCAAUCUGAUUUAAUGCGAGUGUCUUUUCAGAGUAAUAUAUAUCUAUUUCGAUAUCAACAAAAGUUUUUAUCAAAAUAUAUUGGGUAUAUAAUUGUACAGAUACAAGACAUUUACUGUUAUAAAACAGUAAAUAAAAAAUAAAAUUAAAACAAUUAAAAAAGUAAAAAAUAAAAAAAAAUUGUUGUACAUACAUGUAUAUAUGUAUAUAUAUAUAUAUAUAUAUAUAUCCAUGAUUUUGGAUUUCGGAAAAUCCCGGCGGUCUAAAAGUUAAACAUGUAAAUGGUUUUGAGGAUCGACGAGUUCUGUUACCAAAAUCUCGAAUCGCUCGAAGUAAUGUGGUGAUAAGCUACUUUAUUUUCAUGAGCAUUGUUUAUGUAUUAUAGACUGUUUAUAUUAGCUCCUAUUCUAUUGCUAGACACAGUGUGAACGCGCGAAACACUGAGAUAUUAUUUUGCACGUAAAUAGACGCUCAUUCGCUGAUUUUUUUUAUUGAUGUGUAUAUUUUCUGCAAGACGGUCAUGCUUUGUUCCGUUUCUUUGUGUGUUGGCGAAUAUGGUGACAAUUCAAUUCGGUUUUUAAUUUUGCAGUUAAGAACCUGCGUGCAUAGACAUACUUUAUUGUUUGUUUAUCUAUGUUGUCGAUUGUUUUGACUCGCUGUACUUGCUGACGCGCAUUAAACGGUCUCCGUAAUGACUUGUCAGUAGUAAUAUUGUUAAUCACAUCAAUUAAAAAAUUUGAUCGAAACGUCUCUAAACAAACCUGCAUUAAUACAUUGCGAAUUUGAUGUUUGUAUAUAAUGCUGAAGAUCAAUUUCGUUUCCGAACAAAACGACUUACAGUCGUACUCCUCGAGCAUGAAACGACUCGUCGAGUGAUUCUUUUCAAACUACUCAGAGAGUUCGCGUCCGCGUCCGCGACAUAUAAUAUGAUGCGUGAAUGGAAUUUAACUUUCGGAUAUAGGUGAAGAUGCCGAGACGUUCUUGUUACGUAUUAAAAGGAUCGCGAUUUAAUUUGGUUUUGACGAAAAUUAUAUUGUCUUCCUUUUUUUCGGACAUUGCUCUAUAUUGGUUUUGUAGCAAUGUUCUUGCAUAACUUCGACUUACUAAUUGUAAGUGUCGAUUUCUUUAUAUCUCCCGAUAACUAUCCUUUAGAUAAAGAUAUAUAAAAAAAAUAUAUUUACUUCAUCUUUUAGGUAAAGUUAUCGAGAACUUAUCUACAAGUGAAAAAAAAUUAAGCUUAAGUCGAUUAUCCAUGUAGUGAUAACUACGUAAAAUGACAUACGUUGUAUAUGUCACGUGGUGUGUAUAUACAUAUAUACAUACGCACAAAAAAACAAUUAAAAAAUUAAAAAAUUAAAAAAUUAAAAAUUAAAGACCGUAGCCACAACAGCACACAUGUACACAAUUGUACAUGUGUUGCGGCUACGUUUCAAUAUUUAUUGCUCAGUAUUAGAAAGUACAGCAGAUUAGAUUAGUUUUACUUUUAGAUGUAGUUAGGUUUUAGAUUUCGGUUUUUAGAUUUAGUUAUAUUUAUUCACAUAUUUANUUCGAAAUUACUACGUGGUGUGUAUAUACAUAUAUACAUACGCACAAAAAAAACGAUUAAAAAAUAAAAAAAUAAAAAAAUUAAAACUUAAAAAUUAAAAAACGUGGCCACAACAACACACAUGUACACAAUUGUAUACAAUUGUACACGUGUUGCGGCUACGUUUCAAUAUUUACUGCUCAGUAUUAGAAAGCACAUGUAAUUAGUUUUACUUUUAGAUGUAGUUAAGUUUCAGAUUUCGGUUUUUAGAUUUAGUUAUAUUUAUUUACAUAUUUAAUUCGAAAUCACUACGUGGUGUGUAUAUACAUAUAUACA